UGCUGAGCGGGAGGGUGACAGUACGCAGGGCAGGUGCACGGUUGCGGGAGGCAGAGGAGGAGGCGGGCUGCUGACCCUCUCCCUAAGCCCAGGUUUUCCCAUUGGCAUCGUUCCCAGAUCAAAAGGAGGGUGAAGGAAGCCUUAACAGCAGUCCGCCAUGUUGGGGGACGCCAUCAUGGUGAUCAAAGGCUUAGCCAAGCUGACGCAAGCUGUCCUGGAGACCCAGCUGCAGUACCUGGGCUUUGGCGGCGAGAUGAUCACAGCCGCCAGGGCCCUGCAGACCACGGCCGAGCAGCAGUUCAGCGCCGUCAUGGCAAGAGUGCAGGGUACCGAUCAGGCCCAAGAGCAGUAUCCAGACACCGGGGACGAUCUAGGCUCUGAAUUCCAUUCCUCGGAGCCAGAGGCAGAGGGGGCUUCGGACUUUUCUACCUCCACACCUCCUCCUCCAUUUCCUGGCCAGCUCCACAGAGAGGGCCCUGCCCCUGCUUAUGCUUCAAGUGGACCUUUUGGGAAAGCAGGGGUUUCGGGCCAGCCCUUUGGUCCUGCCUCAGGGAAAAUCCAUGGGAAACUUUUUGGGGACUCUAGGGACCCGUUUGCAGCCUCAGGCGUGCCGCGGAGGUUUUUCCACCAGGACCAGUCUUCAGUGGGGGGCCUCACUGCGGAGGAUAUCGAGAAAGCUCGGCAGAGCAAGGCUCAGGCCGGAAAUAAGCCUCACAAACAGAUGUUAAGUGAGCGGGCCCGGGAGCGGAAGGUGCCAGUCACACGGAUCGGGAGGCUGGCUAACUUUGGAGGGCUAGCUGUUGGUCUGGGCUUUGGGGCCCUGGCUGAAGUGGCCAAGAAGAGCCUGCGGCCCGAGAGUAGCACAGGGAAGAAGGCCAUCCUGGACUCGAGUCCCUUUCUUUCCGAGGCCAAUGCGGAGAGAAUCGUGAGCACCUUGUGCAAGGUGAGAGGAGCCGCCUUGAAGCUGGGCCAGAUGCUGAGCAUCCAGGACGAUGCUUUCAUCAACCCCCAACUGGCCAAGAUCUUUGAUCGCGUGAGGCAGAGCGCGGACUUUAUGCCCUUGAAACAGAUGACGAAAACUCUGAACAACGACCUCGGUCCCAAUUGGAGGGACAAACUGGAGUACUUUGAGGAGCGGCCCUUUGCCGCCGCUUCCAUCGGGCAGGUCCACCUGGCCCGGAUGAAGAAUGGGCGAGAGGUAGCCAUGAAGAUCCAGUACCCGGGGGUGGCCCAGAGCAUCAACAGUGACGUGAACAACCUGAUGGCCGUUCUCAGCAUGAGCAACGUGCUCCCGGAAGGCCUGUUCCCGGAACAUCUGAUUGACGUGCUGAGACGGGAGCUGGCCCUCGAGUGUGACUACAAGAGGGAAGCUGCCUGUGCCAAGAAGUUCAAGGAGCUGCUGAAGGAUCACCCCUUCUUCUACGUGCCGGAGGUCGUGGAUGAGCUGUGUAGUCCUCACGUCCUGACCACCGAGUUGGUGUCCGGCUUUCCCCUGGACCAGGCUGAAGGGCUGAGCCAGGAAAUUAGAAAUGAGAUUUGCUACAACAUCCUGGUCCUGUGUCUGAGGGAGCUGUUUGAGUUUCACUUCAUGCAGACUGACCCCAACUGGUCUAAUUUCUUUUAUGAUCCCCAGCAGCACAAGGUGGCUCUCCUUGACUUUGGAGCAACCCGGGAGUAUGACGAGACAUUCACUGACCUUUACAUCCAGAUAAUCAGGGCCGCGGCUGACCGGGACCGAGAGACCGUGCUGAAGAAGUCGAUAGAGAUGAAGUUCCUCACCGGCUACGAAGUGAAGGCCAUGGAGGACGCCCACCUGGACGCCAUCCUGAUCCUGGGGGAGGCCUUCGCCUCGGACUCACCCUUUGACUUUGGGAGCCAGAGCACCACGGAGAAGAUCCACGGCCUGAUUCCCAUCAUGCUGAAGCACCGGCUCAUCCCCCCGCCAGAGGAGACUUACUCCCUCCACCGAAAGAUGGGGGGCUCCUUCCUCAUUUGCUCCAAGCUGAAGGCCUGUUUCCCCUGCAAAGCGAUGUUUGAGGAGACCUACAGCAACUACUGCAAGAGGAAGGCGGAGAAGCAGUAAGCGCCUCGUGGGAAGGCCGCCCUCGUGUCCCGCGGAGACACCCCUCCCACAUCACUGCGAGAAUCACAACUGUCCCAGAAGCUAAAAAGUCUGUAGCCAGUGGGGGUUGGUGCUGACCAAGCCCGUAACCUUCUACUUACCAAAAAGGAGUUUGCUCUUGUAGGAGCCAGCUUGGAGGGAGUGGGGGCGAGGGAUGGCUUCGUGGUGACUGGGGUGGGGGGGUGGGGUGAGGAGGAGGAAGGAAACCGAACCCCGGCAAGUCUCUUGAAACCCACUUACUGUUUAUUCUUUCUAGGAAUUAGCUUUGGACAAAGAUGAGGAGGAAAAGAGAUUUGAUUUUCAUUUUCUUGUGUGUGUGUGUUGUUUAAAUAGGGGUUUUCCUCAUGUGAAUGUUAACUGUAGAAGAGGGAGUGCACCUGUCCCUCCCCCCCAAUAAACCACCAGACGUUGUGGUGCAGGACGCGGGGGUGUCUGUGCGUGCCCGACACGCCCGUGUUCCUCGCUGCCUUUCUCCGCUCUGGCCGGAGCUGCAAAGGGGUUCUGUGUGGGACAGUGCCAAAAAGCUACUUAAUCCCAAUCACCUUCCUGCCAGCCAGCUGGCUCUUAGGGGAUUCUGACCGCCGAAUGUACACCAGUGGGCUUCUCACCCUCCGGUUCAGGGACGGUGAGAGGGGGAGAAGAGACCUCCGGGCUGCCGUCCUCACCCUCAGAUAGUGAAGUCUUUGUGGAGACGGUUGUGAGAGAAGGGGCAUGUUGCGCAGGUGCAGCCCGGGGCCAGGAGUGAUAGUUUUGUACGUCCGUGUAACUGUCCCACUACUUACGCCUUUCAAUAAAACACUGAUUGUGGA